CCACAGACCCAUCAUACUAUUACAACCUCUGUUCACCCACCACUACCUGCAGCAACAUAACCCUGACUUACCCAUUCACCCUCCCGUCACCCUGCCAUCCUUCUUUCUUGGAGCCCUUCUGUGCCAACGACAACCACACCUUCUACAUCAUCAGCCCUCGAUCCAACAAUACCUUCCGGAUCUUCCCGGCCAACUUCACCGCCGACCCGGUGACCAUCACCUUCGUGAUGGCCUACAACCCUCUCUUCAGCUGCGGGCCGAUCUCCAAGCCCAACUUCUACCAAUCUGUCCCCGCGUCGGAAAUAUUCCCGGUGGAUUAUACUGCGGGCACACACUUCAACUGCACCCGCCCAAUCCCUGCGGGGGCACUGCAGGGACUCCAGAAUGCAUCCUGCCUGGGCUGCCCAGGUCAGGAUCCCAACAACGUCUGCUAUUAUGCGCCGGGUCUGGUAGCCUACCAGAACUGUGAGACCUACUACAUGUACAGCGAGAAGGGAUUCAAUGUGAGCGCCGAGAAGGAUUUGAGGGGUUACCUGCAGCGAGGGUUUGAGAUGAGGUACACGAAGCCCAUGGAAUGCCGUAGCUGUGAGGCCACCGGGGGUAGGUGCGGUGUUAACCCAUCAUCUUCUUCGGAGUCUUUUUUUUGCUUCUGCCCCUCUGCCGUCCACUCUUUCAAUUGCUCCGACGGUACGAUGGUGGACACAACAACAUGGGCCCCAAGAAAAAGAUCUGGAUCGUCCAAAGCACUUAUUGCAGCGGUUUCUGCUUCAGCCUCGGUGGUGGUGUUUUUAGCAGUGCUCAUAAUGGCGGUGACUUUUUAUGCUUUCCGUAAAGACCACAUGAAGAGAAACUUAAAGGAUGCCGUCUCCAACAUAUCCCCAACCAGAUAUUCUUACUCUCAGAUUAAGAAGUUCACCAAUAAUUUUUCGACAAAGCUUGGAGAAGGAGGAUUUGGAAGCGUUUACAAGGGUACAUUAAUACAAGGAGGAAAGAGCAGGGUUGAAGUACCUGUGGCCAUAAAGCUUCUCAAGUCAAGACAAAGUGAAAAGCAAUUUAUGAAUGAAGUUGCCACAGUUGGGAGUGUACACCACCAACACUUGGUGGGUUUGCUGGGUUACUGUGCUUCGGGUGAAAGGCGUGCACUAGUCUAUGAGUUCAUGGAAAAGGGAUCCUUGGAUAACUAUAUCUACAUUAAUAAUAAUAAUAAUAAAACUAAGGAAGGAUCCGCAGGAGAAGAAGAAGCAGAUAAAUCCAGCAACUCGGAUGAGCGUUUAAUAAGCUAUAAACAAAUAUAUGAGAUUGCCUUAGAAACCGGUAGGGGUAUACUCUACUUGCACCAAGGGUGUAGAAGUAAGAUAUUGCAUUGUGAUAUUAAACCCCAAAAUGUGUUGCUGGAUUCCAACUUCACAGCCAAAGUCGGGGAUUUCGGGCUUGCUAAGAUGAUGGAGAAGGAUGAGAGUCAUGUAUCCUUGACAAGGGGUCGAGGCACUCCAGGGUAUGUGGCACCAGAGAUGUGGCUAAAGAAUUAUGGUCCUGUGACUGAGAAGUCCGAUGUGUAUAGCUAUGGAAUGACACUUCUGGAGAUGAUUGGAGGGAGGACCAACUAUGAUAUGGGGGCCCAGCAGGAGGAGGAGGAGUCUAGCAAAGCUUAUUUUCCUCUAUGGGCAUUUAACAAGCUCAAGAUUGGUGAAUUACUACCUUCUUUACUCAUGAUUAGAAGAAGAAACACGGCUGCUGCUGCUUCGGUUGUGAUUAUUAAUGAGGAGCAGGUAAACCAGCAAAAAGGAUCAGGAGGACGACAUGAUGAUGAUGAUGAUGCUAAUGAUGCUAAUGAUGCUGAUGAGGUACUUAACAUUGUGGAGAGGAUUUGUUUGGUGGGUCUAUGGUGCAUUCAACACAUCCCCUCCAAUAGGCCAUACAUGGAUAGAGUUAUCCAGAUGUUGGAAGGUAAUGCUGAAAUUGAAAUUCCCCCUAAUCCCUUCCCACCGGAGAUAGCCGAAGAAUUUCAAGCACCUUAA